UCACUUUGUCCAGCGUGUGGACGCCGUUAUUGUUGUCCUCCCAUCCCCCAUCAUUCUGUCCUUGAAUUUGAAGGAAUUGGUCCUGGAAAGUCCUUGAAUUUGAUGUCAACCAAGGUGUGGGAACCCUUAAUUUAUUCAUUUAUUUAUUUAAUAGGGACAAUACAGUCUUUUUUUAAUUCUUCUGUGUGGAUUUUCCUCCAUUAUGAUUCACAUAUAUAAUAAAAUGCUUUUGUCGUCUGUAAAGAGUUCAUUUGUGCAGUUUUUCUGCUGUGAGAUGUCCCCACACACACAGCUGUGGACGGGCGGCGACUCCUCUCACUCUCAGCUGCUCUUGAUUCUCUCCGCUCUAUCUGGCCUCCGAUUGGCCGGUGCUGUCGGAGUGGGCGGGGCCAUGAAGGGGGGGAUUCCCACCGGUCUGCUGCAACAAAUAUGAUGUUUUCAGUGCAGUAUUCACUCAUUCAAGCUCAGAGUGAACUCUGAGAAACAAUCAACUUUGAAAGUGAGUGAGUGAACCAGUGAGAGUGUGAGUGAGUGAGUGAACCAUGAAUGUUCUCAUGCCGUCCAUGCUGGAGGACGAUCCACACCUGAUGGUGGAGCCGUCGGUCCAGAUCUUCGAGCAGCCGCGGCAGCGCGGCAUGCGCUUCAGGUACAAGUGUGAGGGUCGUUCAGCCGGCAGCAUCCCCGGAGAGAAGAGCUCCGACAACAACAGGACGUACCCGAGUCUGCAGAUCCUGAAUUACUCUGGAAAAGGUAAAGUUCGCGUUUACCUGGUGACGAAGAACGAGCCCUACCGUCCCCAUCCUCACGACCUGGUGGGGAAGGACUGCAAGGACGGGUUCUACGAGGCCGAGUUCGGUCCGGAUCGCAGAGUGAUCGCUUUUCAGAACCUGGGGAUUCAGUGUGUGAGGAGGAGGGAGGUGAAGGACGCCAUCGUCCAGAGAAUGACCAGAGGAAUCAACCCCUUCAAUGUUCCACGUGAGUUGCUGCUGCAGACGGAGGAGUACGACCUGAACGUGGUUCGUCUCUGUAUCCAGGUUUUCCUGCAGGAUGAAAACGGCCACUACACGCGACCUCUGAACCCCAUCGUCACCAACCCCAUCUACGACAACAGAGCCCCAAACACGGCAGAGCUGAGGAUCUGUCGGGUCAACAGGAACAGCGGCAGCGUCAAAGGACAGGACGAGAUCUUCUUACUCUGUGACAAAGUCCAGAAGGAUGACAUUGAAGUGCGGUUCUUCUCAUCCGACGGCUGGGAGGCCAAAGGCUCCUUCUCGCAGGCGGACGUUCAUCGCCAGGUGGCUAUAGUCUUCAAGACUCCGCCCUACUACAACACCUCCAUCACAGAGUCGAUCACGGUGCAAAUGCAGUUGCGGCGACCCUCGGAUCAGGAGGUCAGCGAGCCCAUGGACUUCAGAUAUUUGCCGGACGACAAAGACCCGUAUGGCUACAACGAGAAAAAGCGUGGACGAUAUGAGCUGAUUAAGAUGGGAUUGACAGGUGGUCAUUUCUCUGGUCUCGCUAUGAACAGACCGAAGGCAGUGUCGCAGUCUACCAUGAAUCAUAUGCGUAAAGAUCCCAACAACAUGUACCUGAGGCAGCAGACUGCAUCUACCAUUCAGCAGCAGCAGCACCAGCAGCAGCAGCAGCCCUCCAUAUUCAACCAGCAGUACCAGCCGGGGCCUCAGAAUGUGAUCAUGACAUCACAUGUUCCUAAUGUACAAAUCGGCCAAUCAUGGGCAAAUCCUAAUCCAGCACUCUCAGUGGAUACAGUCACCAUAAACCACGGUGCCAUGAGCAAUCUGCCUCGUCCCAACAGCAGCAGGCAACAGCAGCCAAAGCACGGAUCUGGUUACCCUCGCAGAAUGGAGCACCCCGGCUGUGAGAACAACACCCUACCACAGCUCUCCAUCGGGGACCUGCAGUGUUUGGAUGCAGUCCCUCAGGCCACUUUAAGGAAUCAGUCGGAGUCCCCAGCCUUCCACCUGCACCAGCAAAGGGCUGAGCUUGACUCUGAGACCAGGGCCCAGAACCAUGCGGGCAACCAGAAUCAGGGACUCCAGACUAUGUGGCCGACUUUUAAUACCCUCAAUACAGUCCAGAACACGUUUAACGGGUCAGUCCCUGGAGGUGGUAGCGGGUCACAGGGGCUAGGCUCUUUCCCCUUCCUUGAGGGAAUUGAAGGGGAUGAUUUUCUGAAGAUCCUGGUGGGAGGGUCUUCUAAAACUGGCCUCCAGCUGAAGCAGGAACCCCAAUUCACAAUGACACAGGAGAGCCACGCUGCUCUCAUGCAAUCCCCAAGAGAAAGCCAAGGUAAUACAUACACCAAUUUGCUCCCUCGGCCAAUGAGUAAUGGCACAAACAUGGAUCAAAUGAUACACGAUGGUAGCGGCGGUGCCCAGGGUCUUAAGAAUCUUCAGAAUCCUUACUCAAACAGUAUGGCCUCAGUCGGCCCCUUUUCAACUGUGGCUGACUGGAUCAAAGCCAAUCGCCAAAGUGAAUGAAAGCAGUUGUGGCAUCAAAAAAUAAACAGCUCCGAGGGCUUCACCGGUCUGGUCUGGUUUGGCCUUGCAAAGCCACAGAUUUUGCUUUGUGUGUGUGGGCAAUAACCAGACAAGGAGGUAGGAACUGUCUUGUUCCCUGAUUCGCCAAAGACAUCACAAGGAAUGCUACCUACAUCUAACUAGGUCUGGUCUAUGUUGGGAUUUCCCCAUUGCAUUUUUCCUUGACGACUAGUAACAUAAUUCAUUAUUUAGUUUAGUUGGAGCCUGUUUUUUUGGCCUUUCUGUCAUGUUUGGCCAUUAACCAUUAUCUCCCAUUAAAUUAUACCCAGAAGGAUACACCUUUUGGAAUUUUUGUUGCUCAAAAAUGGGGGGGACACAUUUGUUGAAUUCAGACAUGGUUCUUGGUGGUUCAUGGUGGGGAUGUCGUGUGUGGUCUUUGUUUCUCAUCAGCAAACUGUAAAUACACUUUUAUUCCACAUUGUAUCAACCCACGAAACGGAGGCAGUACAAUUUCAGAGGUUCUCUUGUCUUAUACCAGUGACACCAUUUUAUAUUUGUGUAAGGUGUUGUGUGAAGGUUCCACCCUGCAAUCAUUGAUUGUGCAUUCCAGUUUUAGUUGGAAGUUGUAAUUUCCCAGUUACAAGUAGGAAGAUUAAAGCCCUCAACACAUUCAAACUCCAAACUUGAAAAAUUCAAAAUGGAUGCUCUUAGCAUCAACAAAAUUAAAGAUGUACUGGGGGUUUCUGUGUUCUUUAUUUCCGAUCCAAUAAGUCGUUCACAGAGUAUUGUCCUACUGGUUCCAGUUUUUCAUGUAUGAAAUACCCUGUAAUGUUUAUCAAAUGGACCAAGAUGGCUUGCUACUUAGCAGACCUAACUGUGUCGCUAACAUUAACCACAGAAUAACCAAAGGUGGGGGAAACAUUUCGAUACCAUUAUGAAAUUAGACGAAUUAGAACAUUUCAGAGAAGACAAAGUAGUUUGCAAGUUAGCAAACCUAGCUGAAAAUGCUUAAAAAAAAUAUAUAUAUAUAUAUAUAUAUCAACCACCGAAAAUCCCAGUUAGCCACUCUCUGUGGAAACUGGAAUGCAUAUAACUCGGGUAGGACUUACAAGAAAACUGGAAUGAACUAUUUAAAGUGAUGAGUUGCAUUAUAGCUGUGACCACGUCCCCUUAUUCACUGAUUAGUUUGGAUUACUUUAAAUAAAACAGAGCUCAGUUCAAUUGACCUGGAUUCUAACACCAGAGAGUGGUGGAUUCAUGCCUCACUGGUGUUUUCUAAGGUGAAUGUACUGCUUUUUUCAUCAUUUCUUUGUCUCUCUCAGGAGAAAUUCCUGUUAUUGUAGAUGAACUUGUUAUUGCUUCAUUCAUAGCUUCAUAUUUUUGCGUUCUUUGACAGACUGUUUGCUAUUAAGUGCACUCUGUACAUACAUGUUAGCCAUAGUUGAGCAUGGCUUGUGCUGAAACACUCGACGAUUGGCAAGGUACUGAAAUUUCCAUUGAGGAAGUGGGAGGAAGCACUUUGAGUAGGUGUCUUUCCUUUGUAAUGACUAUGUCAUACCAGUGAUCACAUAUAUUCUCCAGAGUUUUCAGAGAUGUUUUAUUGAUACAUACUGUAUGUUAACUUUUUUGUUUUUCUUUAAUUGUUUUAUUCAUUCAACACAAAGUUUUCUGGACAGGAAGUGACUGGACAUGUGAUGAUGAUGAUGAUGAUGAUGAUGAUGGAGAAGAAUUUUACCUGUUUUCUUACUUAGUGUACAUUCCACAAGCUUUGAUGAGUACAUUGUAAAUGUUGCUUUUUUAAAAAGAAAAGAAUUGUACUACAUUUUCUUUAUUAAAAAAAAUCACUUUC